UACAGACGUCAGCCACGGUUCAAUAGCCAGCGAGGAUCCGCCGCGUUAUAACCCACGGCCCUUUGAGUAGGAAUCUCGUUUCUCCUCCAACCGGGACCGGAAGGCGGAAGAGAUGGGUGUCCCCGACCACGGAAAAAGCCUCAACAUCAUUGGAGAGUUUGCCUUAUUUUUGAAUUCUUUGCUAUUAAAUCCACAGUCAACCGACGCCCAAGCUCUUGGGCAUUGAAGUUUUUUCCCAUCGAUUUCUGGCAACCUCCAUCUCCUCAUCCGGCAGCCCCAACAAAUCGGAAAAAAAAUCCUCAAGAGCCGUGAUUUCCUCCGCCCAGGGGUUGCCGACUACCCUGCAGAGCAUCCUUCCAGGACUUUGAUCUGCAACCACCCAACGCGGACGACUCCGCCGCUUGACUGGUACGGCGCGAAUAUUUAUGCACCCACCAGGACCAAACGGUCUCAGCCGAAGACUUCUUUCCUUCCAACGAAAGACGAAUUAAACGAAAGCGGCCUCUUCGCUCCCCGCUUUUCACGAGUUCCCUUCAUGAUGAGUCGAAAAAAGCGGCCAAGACCGUCUCUACCGUGGCUUCUGCUUCUCGCUCUAGUAGGAUCUAUAGCCGUCUCAUGGCUAUGGCUGGCGUUCUCCCGUCCUCCAGAGCUAGACCCCGUUCCACUCCCACACCGAACCCGCACAACCACCGCAGUAGCUUCCACUCUCCCUCCUCCUUCAUCCGAAGCACCCGAGAAGUGGAACACCACGACUGCUUCGAAGCCAACUCCGAUUGCCGGCCCCUACCACGACUGGGACCUCUUCGCCUCCGAUUUCGACGCCAUGCUCCAGAAUCUCAAAAUCUUCGUCUAUCCCGAUGCUCUCAACUCGUCCUCCCCCUUCGCUAAUGUCUUCCUUCCCCACCCCGACCCACUCGAUCCCAAGCUUGGCAACUACUUCAGCGAGCACAUGUUCAAGAUCAGCCUCCUCCGCAGCCGAUUCCUGACAUCCGACCCUGUGAAGGCCAGCUUCUUCUUCUUGCCCUUCUCCAUUAAUGCCCUCAGGAACGAUCCUCGCGUGCGCUCCGAGGCAAUGAUCGCGGACUUCGUCGCCCGGUAUACAACGAGGAUCAGCCAGAAGUUUGAGUUUUGGAAUGCGUCAGGGGGAUCAAAUCACUUCUAUGUUUGCUGUCACUCAGUCGGGCGAGAUGCUGCCUUGAAGCAUCCUGAGCUCCACAAUAAUGCUAUUCAGGUGGCGUGCUCGUCCAGCUACUUUCAGAGGGUGUACACUGCCCAUAAAGAUGUUGCGCUGGCGCAGGUCUGGCCUCGUCCACUAGAAGAAGUACCCAAUCCUCCAAAUGCAAGAAGUAGACUUGUCUUCUUUGCUGGGCGCAUGCAGAAUUCUCGAGUGCGUCAAGACCUGAUUGCUAGGUGGGAGAACGAUACCUCAAUGGACAUCUUCUCUAGAAGACCUCCCUUCCCAUACGAGGACGGCUUUAAAAAAAGCAAAUUCUGCCUCCACGUGAAGGGAUAUGAAGUCAACACAGCGAGGGUCUCUGAUGCCAUUCACUAUGGUUGCAUUCCUGUGAUAAUUUCAAACCACUAUGAGCUCCCCUUUGUCAACAUCUUGGAUUGGAGCAAGUUCUCGAUUAUCGUCAGCCACUCGGACAUUGGUUGUUUGAAACAUAUACUAGUAGGCAUAUCUAAAACAAUGUAUUUAAACAUGUACCAUAAUCUUCUCCACGUCAGGAAGCAUUUCAGGUGGCAUCUGGCUCCCACAGGUUAUGAUUCCUUUCAUAUGACUGCUUAUCAAUUAUGGCUAAGAAGAGGCAGAUGUCUGCCUUCUUGAAUUUC